UAUGGAAGAAGACUGUUGAACAGAUGGGCAGUCAACUUCAGAUGACUUCAGGGAAUCAUCCCGAAGCCAACGGACAGGCCGAGCAAAUGAACAGAGUUGUACAACACCUGCUGAGGCAUUACAUCAAGCCCAGUCAGGAUGAUUGGGAUGAGAAGUUGCCUCUCAUCGCCAGCUUGUACAACAACGCUGUACACAGCAAUACCGACGUUAGUCCUAAUCAGUUGCACUUGGGAUGGAAGCCUAGAUCAGCUCUGGACUUCCUCCUACCUGAAAACCGACCCUUUGCAACUCCAGGCACACUUGAAUAUGGUAUGCAGUAUGAGAAGUUGUUGCAGCAAGCUGUCGAGCACAUCAAGAAAGCUCAGCAAGCAAUGAUUACCUCUGAGAACAAACAUCGUCGGCAGUCCUCAUUUCAGGUAGGGGAACGUGUCUGGGUCAAGGUUAGUGAGCUAGGACAGGAAUUCGGAAUCUCUCGUAAACUAAUGCCUCAGUAUUUUGGUCCCUGGGAAGUCUUGGACAUAGUCGGGGAUGAGUUGGAUGGUCCUACCUAUGUUAUCCGCAUCCCUGGUCAUCUGCGCACUCACCCUGUCUUUCAUGCCUCAAAGCUUGCACCUUUCGCUAAGACAGAUCAAUUUCCUUCCAGGAAAUCAAUGCUGCCCCCAACCAUGGAUGGUCAAGUGGACAUCGGCGACAUUGUGGAUCACAGAGAUCUGCCUGUUCCAAAGCCACUGGGUAGAGGAAGACCUCCAAAACCCAAGCGGGAGUAUCGCGUCAGAUUCAGGCAUCAUAUGGAUCCGAAGGAAGAUCGGUGGUUUACCAGAGAGGAACUGAUUGACACAGCUCCUCAAGUGGUGGCAGAAUAUGAGAGGAUGUUAAGAGGGAAGACACCUGCGAACGUCUUAGUCGCAGGCACUAUUGGUAUGAUUGAUGUCGCUGAUGUCAUCGUCGUUUGCGCCAUCUCUGUUCUUGAACACCCCAAGUCAUGUGUACUCAUUGUGGCAGGCGCAUGGGCAAUGAUCGUUGGUGUAGGUGAUGAUAACGUGGUUGCAGAUGUCGGUGAGAUUCUUGGAGCUGGUGCUGCUGGUGCAACCGUGGCCAACAUGGUGAUUGGCAGCUCCCCUCCUGAGCGCUUGGCCAAGUCAGCACCUCGCUCGAGUCCCUCGUCAAGGAGCAUGUAACAAUCGCUGGACAGGGCGUCCACCUGUUGCCAGUCGACAAACUCAUCCAGCUUCAAAGUCGG